AUGCGUAUGCAACAGCUCAGCAUCCUCUCUAUCCCUGUGAUAGCUGCAGCUAGUGGCCUCACAGACCUACCAUCUCUUCAGGUGCCAGAAUGCCCUGAUCUAGCCACUGCCACCAUCAAUCAGUCUGUUCCUGAUCGGACUCUCUUCCCCUUGACCACCGCUUCACUAUGUUACAACGAGUCGUCAUUGCAGAUCACAUUUAAAGCAUACAACGAAACAAACUACUAUUACAACGCCAAUCAGACCACCAAUGGCGACAUUUGGGAAUACGAGGUAAUGGAAGCAUUUCUUUACCACGGUCAGAACGACCCAACGACCUACUUUGAAUUCGAAGUCAACCCCAAUAAUGUCACCUACCAAGCUGUAGUUUACAACCCCUCUAAGGUGCGCGCCACCGACGCCCCCUUCGACCAUUUCUUCGUGACCGAGCCGGCCGCAGAUGGAUUUGCGGCAAAAACAACACUGGACAAGCAUGCGGGAACUUGGAUUUCUACAGUGCACAUUCCACUAGCAAUUUUCGAUGUGGCCGAGCUUCAAGGCUCACAGUGGCGCAUGAAUUUCUUCCGCACAAUUACCUCACCGAGCACAUAUCCAAACCAGACGCUAGGCGCGUGGAGUCCAACUGAUGAGGCCAACUUUCACAUGAGCCCGUAUUUUGGUAAAGUGACUUUUGUCUAG